AUGUCGGGUGACGAGACACGACCAAAGAGCGUUACCUUCGUCACGACAAUCCAUGGCUCAAGAAAGUCGGUCGACGAGGCCUACGAUUUCCUUGCGCAACAUGUUGAGAUUACUGGAGAAGAGGCCGUCGAUCUCAAGAAGCUACGGCGGCGGAUAGACUGGCACCUGAUGCCAAUCAUGUUCGCUCUGUACUUCUUCCAAUUCCUAGACAAAUUCCUGUUGAACUACGCCAUCAUCAUGGGAAUGCCGAAGGACCUGAAGUUGAAGGGGAACGAGCUGAACAAUAUUGCUUCCUCUCUGUGGUGGGCAUACCUCGCAAUGAGUCCUCUCGUUGGCUUGAUACAAAACAAAGUACGCCUUGGAAAGUGGCUUGGAGCCAACAUGUUCCUAUGGGGCAUUACCAUCUCAUGCACCGCCGCGGUCAGGACAUACCAUCAAUUUCUUGGGAUACGAAUUCUGAUGGGCGUCUUCGACUCUGCGAUACCGCCGGCACUCAUGCUUCUCAGCGCCCAAUACUACAGGAAAGAUGAGCAGGCCAUGAGAUAUGCUCUAUGGUUCAGCAGCGUCGGAUGGGGCACGAUUUGCGGAGGUCUGAUAUCAUUUGGCUUCCAGCAUGUCCAUACCUCGACACUGGAAGGCUGGCGCAUCAUGUUCCUCGUACUUGGCUUGAUCAGCCUAGUCGCUGGCAUUCUGAGCUUCAUCUUCAUGCCGGACACUCCAAUGACUGCCCGCUUUUUGACUGACCUCGAGAAGAAGGCGCUGCUGCAGCAUGUUGCAGUCAACAAGACUGGCGUGUCUUCUCGCAAGAUCGAAUGGUAUCAGUUGAAGGAGGUCUUGGUUGACCCACAAGUCUGGCUGCUCACGUUUAACGUCAUUAUUGUUGCCGCUGGAUCAGGUAUCCUAUCGAUCUAUGGAGCAACACUGGUGAAAAGUUUUGGAUUCACCUCGAAACAAGCCUCACUACUCCAAAUGCCUAGCGGAGUCGUAGCUGUCGUCGCCACUCUCUUCUUCGCAUAUGCAGUCAGACAGCAUUGGGUCAAUCGCGUUACUGCUUCGUUGAUUGGCUACGCUUUGUCGCUUACUGGAACAUGCAUGGUUGCAUUCGCUGAUAAAAAGAACAAAGGCGCCAUGCUCGCAGGAAUCUACAUGAUCGCAUUCUCGGUCCAUACGGUCGGAAUCAAAUACCAGUGGUUAGCAGCAAAUGUUGGUGGACAUACGAAACGAGCCGCCAGCACUGCAAUAGUGAGCGGAGCCUUCUCGAUCGGCCAUAUCGUAGCACCAUAUGCUGUUCAGCAAAAAUUUGCGCCAGACUUCGAACCGGCACGACUAGUUCUGGUGGCCUCAAAAGCAAUCGCGCUCGGUAUCAUCACUUUGUUAGGCUUGUACUACCUCUUCGAAAACGGGCGGCGAAACAAACUGUAUGGACCUGCUGGGGAACAAACCCCAGAAGAGGUCAAUCCAGAUGACUGGGCCAAUAUGACCGACAAGGAGAAGCAGAAGUCUUUCAGAUACGUUUACUAAGCUUGUAUUUUCGUUUGGGUAUUUGCAUGCAUGCAUUAGAAUCACGGCCGAGAUAACGACAGAUACUCACUAGAAUGGCAGAAUCCCAUCCCCUUCUCUC